GCCGCCAGCAGGCACAUAUGCAGACAGCUCAGCUCGGGGUCCUCACGUCGCGGAUUCUGAUUGGGUACCGGCGGAUCCGCUUGACAACCGCAACCUGAGACUAGAGACGCAGAGGGAGUGUGGCGGCUAUAGUGACGGCGGCCCGGGCACCGGGGGCUGAGCCUGGAGAGUCACAUACCGGGGACUGGGAGAGGUCAUUACCGGAUGUACGGUACCCACUGGGCCGAGCGAGGAGAGCGGCUCAUAGGAGAGCAGACCAUCACAAUGACGGCCGAGGAAACUGUAAAUGUUAAAGAAGUAGAGAUCACCAAGCUGAUAUUAGACUUUCUCCAUGCCAAGAAGCUGCACAUCAGCAUGCUGGCCCUGGAGAAGGAGAGUGGGGUGAUAAAUGGGCUCUAUUCUGAUGACAUGCUUUUUCUCAGACAGCUGAUUCUUGAUGGACAGUGGGAUGAAGUCCUUCAGUUUAUCCAGCCUCUGGAAUGCAUGGAGAAGUUUGACAAAAAAAGGUUUCGAUAUAUUGUCCUAAAGCAGAAGUUUUUGGAAGCACUUUGUGUGAACAAUGCAAUGUCAGCAGAAGAGGAACCACAGCAUCUUGAAUUUACAAUGCAAGAAGCUGUGAAAUGCCUUCAUGCCCUUGAAGAAUAUUGCACUUCCAAAGAUGAUUACAGUAAAUUGUGUCUUCUGCUAACUCUCCCAAGGCUUACAAACCAUGCAGAGUUCAAGGACUGGAAUCCAAGCACGGCGCGGGUGCACUGUUUUGAGGAGGCUUGUGCUAUGGUAGCAGAGUUUAUCCCUGCUGAUCGUAAACUAAGUGAGGCUGGAUUCAAAGCCAGUAAUAAUCGCUUGUUUCAGCUCAUCAUGAAGGGCUUGCUCUAUGAAUGUUGUGUGGAGUUCUGCCAGAGCAAAGCCACUGGUGAAGAGAUUACAGAGAGUGAGGUUCUACUUGGAAUAGACCUUCUCUGUGGUAAUGGAUGCGAUGAUCUGGACUUAAGUCUUUUAUCUUGGCUUCAGAACUUGCCCCCUAGUGUGUUUUCUUGUGCCUUUGAACAGAAGACCCUGAGUAUCCAUGUUGACAAGCUUAUGAAGCCCAGCAAGGCUGGGUAUGCUGACCUUCUUACUCCGCUCAUCAGCAAGCUUUCCCCUUACCCCUCUUCACCAAUGAGACGCCCACAAUCUGCUGAUGCAUAUAUGUCUCGCUCUUUGAACCCAGCCUUAGAUGGACUGACAUGUGGACUGAGCAGUCAUGAUAAAAGGUCAGGUGAGCCUACAAGCAAAACCUCUCCAAUGUCUCACUCGUUUGCCAACUUCCAUUAUCCUGGAGUACAAAACCUCAGCCGCAGCUUAAUGUUGGAGAGCUCAGACUGUCACAGUAUCUACGAAGAAUCGUCUGAAAGGAGUGACACCCCACAGGAAAACGAGAUUAUGAAUAGCAGUGAGACUUUGUGCCAAAAUCCAAGUUCUGAAAAAGACCAGGAGAGUGCUGCUGUCCUUGAGGAACCAAAGAAGCCAGACAAGAAUGAGUUUCGGGAUUCCACAGACCAUUUUGAAGAAUAUUACCGGCAGAAACUACGUUACCAGCAGCACCUGGAGCAGAAGGAGCAACAAAGACAGCUGUACCAGCAAAUGCUUUUUGAAGGGGGAGUGAACCAGACAGAGGAGGCAGAGCAUCCACAGAAUCUCACAGAGCAAUUUCUUAAUCGCUCAAUCAAGAAGUUAGGGGAGUUGAAUGUGGGGAUGGAGCCUCUGAGUGAGGACAUUCAACUAACGAAUAAGCAGCACAAUGGUCCCAAAGAUGUCAGCUCUUCAGCCACCAAUGGACACACACCUCCAGUAUCGACUUCAUUGCUUAGAAAUCCACAGCCUGAUGGCCAGAGCAUCAGUACCAGUACUCCUCACAAGCAAGAUGCCUCUAACCACAUCCCUUUCCCAGAGGAGUCACCUGUGUAUGGAAGUGCUGGUGCAAUAGAGCCAGGACAAUUUGAAGAACCUGCAAGUGCUGGAUCAAGGAAAAGUUCAGAGCCGGAUGGCAAACAAAAACAGCAGUUUGUCUGUCUCAACACUUUGGAGGACACACAGGCAAUUCGCGCAGUAGCUUUCCACCCUAGUGGGUCACUGUAUGCGGUUGGAUCUAAUUCCAAAACACUGAGAGUCUGUGCAUAUCCUGAUGUCAUUGAUGCCAGCAGUCCUCCAAAUGGUCCUGCACAACCAGUUGUUCGAUUCAAGAGAAACAAGCAUCAUAAAGGAUCAAUCUAUUGUGUUGCGUGGAGCUCCUGUGGGCAGCUUCUUGCUACAGGUUCUAAUGACAAAUAUGUUAAAGUCCUUCCAUUUAAUGCAGAGACCUGCAAUGCAACUGGUCCAGACCUGGAAUUCAGCAUGCACGAUGGUACAAUUCGAGACUUGGCAUUCAUGGAAGGUCCAGAGAGUGGAGGUGCCAUUCUAAUCAGUGCAGGAGCUGGAGACUGUAAUAUCUACACCACAGACUGCCAGCGGGGACAGGGACUGCAUGCGUUAAGUGGACAUACAGGGCAUAUUUUGUCACUUUACACUUGGAGUGGGUGGAUGAUUGCUUCUGGAUCCCAGGACAAAACUGUGCGGUUCUGGGACUUGCGUGUACCAAGCUGUGUUCGAGUAAUUGGAACUACAUUCCAUGGAACAGGGAGUGCUGUGGCCUCUGUGGCUGUGGACCCUAGUGGAAGACUGCUUGCCACAGGACAAGAGGACUCGAGCUGUAUGCUGUAUGAUAUCAGAGGAGGUCGUAUGGUGCAAAGUUAUCAACCCCAUUCCAGUGAUGUUCGCUCUGUUCGCUUCUCUGCUGGAGCUCACUAUUUGCUUACUGGUUCUUACGAUAUGAAAAUUAAAGUGACAGAUUUACAAGGUGACCUUACUAAGCCUCUUCCAAUCAUUGAUGUGGGUGAGCACAAAGACAAGGUGAUCCAGUGCCGCUGGCAUACGCAAGAUCUCUCCUUCCUUUCAUCGUCGGCUGAUCGGACUGUAUCCUUGUGGACUUACAAUCCUUAGUCAUAGACUUGUGAAAGUAUCACAUGGCUGUCUUCAAGAGGCUAAUGUCACAUUUCCUGGUUGCAAUGGUUUUGCUUUUAAUGGUUUAACUCUGAAGCUGCCAGAGAGGUAUGUCAUUCUAUGCUUGUACCCAGCAGCAACUCCUAGUACCAGCAUGCUUUUAGUGGAAAUGAAAUGAAGGAUCUGCAGGGUUGAAGCAUGUUGUCACAAGCCUCCAUAUUCUGAUGGAUGGGAUGUAAUGCUAACUUUCUAGCUGUUUGCGCCUCUCUCCAAACACACUAAAAAAGGACAUGGUUGCACUAUCGCAGGAAACAUAUUUUUCUUUAAAAGUAAAGCAAAAUCACAUCCUAAAUAUUGUCAGUUGUUCCAUUAUCUAGUUAAUCAAUUCAUUUGUAUUCCCUUCUCUCCUCUCUGGCAGCAGAAAAGGUCAUAUUGAUUUUACUGCAGAAGAUCCUGUAGCAUUUUCCCUACACUAAUCUAUUUUAGUAAAAGUUAUGAACAAUGCUAUUAUAAACUACUUACAUUAUGGUCACCUCAUAUAUGUAUAUAUUACAACGUCGCACGACCGCGCAAUUGUCGGCUAAAGCGACGCAGGGUCGAAUCGCUCGCAAAAAAAGAUGCUCUGGUCAGGAAGGGGUAAAUUCUUCCAGGGCUGAAGUGGUUAAAGAUCAGUAAGGGGAGUACAAACUAAAUUGUAUGAAAAUGCUAUACAGAAACUUGUUAUAGCUGAAAAUAUCAAAAACAAAAUUCUGAUCAUGAAGGGCUCUAAAAUAGCUUCUCCCCAUCCUGGCAUCACUGAUAAUUGGCUGCAUUGACCUACACAUAACAUAUUCAUAAAGCAUGAAAUCUCCUGUGUUCUGUACAGGUAUCGGUGAUCCUAGGUACAUUUGCAAAUUUUAUUAUGGCUUCUUUAUGCGAGGCAAUUUAUGUAUUAGGUUUAGUGGCCCUUUAAAACAGAAUAGAUCUUUUAUUUUCUUAAAUGUACUAAGCAUUCACACAUAAUUGCUGGAUUUUUUUAUUUAUUUUUUUCCUUCUGAAAAUACCAAAGUUAAAGUUCCUGUCACUAGUCUUGAUAAUUCAGUUUGAGCGCACGUGGAAAAAUGGAGAUCAGCCACCAAAAUUAGUAGAUUUGACCAUUAUAGGCAGCUGAAUUAAUAUUUUUUCAGAUUGUGCUUGACCCUUCAUUCCAUCCAUCCCAAGCCUUCCUAUUGGUCAGUAAGAUCGCAUGUCUUGUUAAAGGACCAGUAGGAGUGGGGUUGAGGCUAAGCUCAGCUUUUACAGAAGAAGUUUAGAUGUACAUAGAAGUUUAGCUGCCUAUAUAUUUGAAUCUAUGGAUAAUUUUGAGGGCAGUUUCCAAUGAAGACAACCUCUGCUCAUGUAAUUUUCUCAUUCUAUGCUCUAUUUAAAUUGUUUAGGUUUGUGACAGGGUUGACUUAAAGUAAAUUCUGCCCUCAUUUUCAGCUGGUCCCCUUUAAUAAUAUGCCAAUCAACAAAGAGCAAUCUAUUUUCAUUAUGAAUGUGUUGUGCUAUGCUGUGUGAUUGCAGAUGGAUAAUGUUAUCGUACGUACAAGUGACUUUCAUGGUGUUAUACAAUAUGGCAAUCAUGGGUUAAAAUGGACAAUUAAUUUUACCGAAAACUCGGACCUAGAACUUUUCUUUUACCAUUGUAUUAAUAUUACAUAGUUUGUCUAAAUCAGUUUUAAUGCACUUGAUCCAGACCUAUAGCUCUGCUAUCUGGGUCUGCUUACAGGUCCUUCUAAGCUUGUAGCAGUUAAAUUGCUGUACCAAUAACAACCGGCCAGGAAAAUCAAGAUGCUCAGCACUAAUAUACAGUAUGCUUCAUUUUAUUGUGGGGUUACAUGCUGCUAGAUUAUUCAGUGUUUAUAUUGUUGUUUUACAUUAUUAUUAUUUUUUUAUUUUUUAAACAUGGAAAUAUAUGCAACACAAACCAGAUUGCUCUGCACUCCAUCUGCUUGCUAAAUGGCCAGUAAUAUAUUAAAAGGCAGUGAUGGGGUUAAAUGUCACUGUGUGUUCAUGAUUACACAUAUAACCCUUUAGGUGCCAGAAAGAGUUCUGUGUAUUACAGCAUGGCACAUUAGCAUGGAACACUUUAUAUUUCAUUUUCAGAGCAAACACCAACUUACUUGGAUAUUGCACUUUGUUUUGUGUUAACGGUCUUUUUGUCUUUUUCUACCACUCCAAAACUACUUGUGUAUGGUAGAAAAAGAAUCUGAAAACUGUACUCACUAAUGUAAAUGCUAAUAUUUCUAGAUUAUUCUGUUCAUACUGUAUAUUUUUAUUUUUGUUAAAUUUAAAAAAAAAAAUCCUAAAUCGGAUUUAGGAAUGUUUUAUUUAUUUGAUAUAAAGUGAAAAUAUUGUUUUGUUCUUUUAACAUACUAAAUACUCUGUGCACUGUAUGCAGAUAUUUUUUACAUAUUGUUCCAUGUGGAAAUGUUACUUUGAAAUUGUAAUUGUGCUGCAGUAUGAAUAAAGAUGUUAAAGAUACAUUAUUUCAGCUUCUAGUAAUGGACAAGUUCUGUAAAAGUGUGACAAUUUUAUGUGGAGUUACACAUUAGAAGUUGUUUUGUCUAGUUACGGACGCAUUCAUUUUAUUUUCACAGUGGGAUUGUAACUGUCACAAUUGUGCAAAAAAAGUUUUCUUGUGGACUUUAGCUUUUGUAAGAUCCAGAUGUACACCAAGCUUCUACAAAACAUAUUAAAGCAGUUUUGUUUAAA